AUGGAUGAGCACUGCGGAUGGGUCAAGGCACUUGCUACUGAUGGCCGCUGGUUGUUCAGCUGUGCAUGCAACACUCUUCACCAAUGGGACCUGAUGUGGACAAACCCGAGGCACGUGGGGAGCACCAAGCUAUUUAAUGGAGACAUUCUGGACAUUGCUGCAGGCUCUGGAAAGGUCUUCAGCUGUGGAACUGAUGGGGCGAUUCAUUCUUGGGAGAUCUCCAACCAGGGUGGCUUCCAGAAAGCAAAUUCCAAGGAGGGGGCGCAUCAAGGCCGUGUCAGUAGCAUGGCUUUGCACAAAGACAUGUUGUACACAGUGGGAUUUGAUGGUCACCUAAAGGUCUGGGAUGCCUCCAGUAUGGAUCUCUUAGUGGACAUAAGUGGAGCCCAUGAAGGCAAGAGGAUCCGAUGUGUCACCAUGGGACCAGAUGGCACACUGUACACUGGUGGCGAUGACAAGAUGGUCAGGAGGUGGACACCCGGCUCCAUGAGGCAAAAGCCGCCUUUGUACGGACACAACGGGUCAGUCCGGGUGCUCAGCCCCGGCGGCAGAACGGCAUUGGUGUCAGGAGACGCCGAAGGGCAUUUGUUGCUGUGGUCUGUGUGA